UCCUGCAAGUGUCGUCGUGUAAACUAGGCUAACUUUGGUAUCUACUGCGCAUCUCUGACGGGAAUUUAAAGUAUGUCUGAGAGUUUAUGACGUAUAUCUUUAGCGCUUUGACGUUUGCAGGAAAUGUCAGUCGAAUGUUUUGGUUAUAUGCCAGCCGACAGCUGUGGAUUUUGAAAAGAAGUGAAGCAUGUUGUUUUGUUAAUAGCGUCCAUUCGUGAACGCCUAAGGGUGUUCAGUUAAUUAGAUUUUGGGCUCUGAGAUGCCUCAAGAGGUCGCAAUCUCCUAAGUACGGGUGAAUCUCAAUGACAUAUUUCAAACAAGAAUUCUCAUAAAACAUUUUAGAGACAUGGGCUAAUUGGUGCUGAUAAAGUGUAUAAAUCCAUAAUCCCAUGUCUCUUUGCAUGUAAACAAAAUUCUUCAAGAUGGUAACUCUGGAGGGUUGCAGAAUAUUGGCAGAUAUUUAAAAUAAAGGUCCUAACAAUUCCAUUUAUAAUGUCAAUCAGUUUGGAUGAUGUGCCAAAUGAGAUACUACUGGAAAUAUUUUCACGAUGCUCAGUGGAAGAUCUGGUGCUGAACAUACAGCAUGUGAACUCGCGCUGGAGGUCUCUGGCCAGACAUCCAAAUCUCUGGCAGAACCUUGCAUUUUUUCCUGAAAGGAGUACAUCUGUUAAAAAAAUUGUAACAGUUCUAAGAGCUGCCCCAUACUUGCAUUCAGUUAUUUUGGUAGCUAAUGUUGAACAUUCCGUUAUUGAAACACUGUGUGAAUGUUGCCCAAAAAUAAAAAGCCUUCAGUUUUAUGAUACAAGACCAGUAACAGUGGUUAUGCUGAAAAUGUUGUUGGCUUCUCUGCCGAAUAUUGAAUACCUGACAUUAAGAAGCAUGGAUAUUGAUUCAGAAGAUUUUGGUUACAUACUAAGUAAGUUUGAUAAAGUUCGGUAUUUAUCAUUGUUGCAUACAUUCUAUACUGGUUCAACUUUAAUGCGCCAUUUAGCAGAUGGCUGUAAGUCAUUAGAGUAUUUGCGACUGGAUGGAAUUGAAGUAAGAGAUGAUAGCAUACUGUAUUUUAUUGCAAAAAAGGGGAGUCAGUUGAAAGGACUUGUGCUAGAUGGUUAUGGGUUUGGAUUUACUGCUACUUCUCUUACACCAAUCAAAAUUUGUCAGAAGCUAAUAAAACUAAGGUUUUAUGACUGUUCACAGUUGACCGAGGAGUGUUUCCAAAAUAUUGUGCUCUUACCAGAACUGCAAAUUUUACAAAUACCAAAUGCAUCUCAUAUAUCGCCUUCUGCUAUAAAAUGGACUUUUCGGCGAAUACAUUAUCCAAGAAUUGUUGAGAUUGACUUGACAAACAGCAGACUUGACGAUAGUUGUGCAGAAAUUCUGUCUCAGAGUUGUCGUAACCUUCAGAGAUUGUGUGUAGCCAUGUGCAAAAGUUUGACAGAUGAAGGCUUGAAGUUCAUCUGUAGGUGUCAUAAACUGCAGCAACUUAAUGUCAAAGGUUGUAAUAUUACUGAUGAGGGAAUGCAGUACUUACCACAGUUGCCAAGACUGAAACAUCUGAAUAUUUCUAGAAAUGAUAUUACAGAUGAAGGUAUAAAUUAUGUUCUCAAUUGUAAACAACUUGUUAUACUCAAACUCAAUAAUUGUUCUGUGAGUUAUACAAGUAUUUUAAAUUUAUCUUCACAUCUUAAUGAGCUCAUGUAUCUGAGCAUUUUGAAUAAUGCUCAUGAAAUGGAUUUUGGUUCACUAGAAAAAAUUCAAAGUCAGAAGAACUCUAAGUUGAAAAUACACAUGUCAUACAGUUAAUUGUGAAAUAAUAUGAGUUAAUUAAUGUGACUGCUUGUGAAUUUAUAAUGUUACUUAAAAUCCGUCUUGAUUGCAAAAAAUUUUUUUAUUAUUCAUAUGACCGGUUUCGGUUCAUUCAGAACCAUCUUCAGAUCUGAUAUUUCAGUUACAGGAGUAACCCGUCCAAAUCCAGCAACUUUCACAUGCUACGUCACAUAAAAACUUGUGAAUUUUUCAUUACCAGUUCAUUUACCUCAAAUGUGAUUGAGACGUUUGUAGCAAGAUUUGUAAUUGGAAAGUACUCGGAAAGAAAAGCUUUAGCAGCUUCACUGUGAUAACUAAAUAUUUACAAUGCCAUGUUCAUGUAAAUGAAAACUGCCCCAGUUUUUGUAUUGUUAUUGUGCAAAGGAAGCAGAGGAGGCUGCUUACAUGACAUACAAACUGCUUGGAGAACAAUAAUAUGAGAGUGAAGAAGUAAGAUUGAUUUCUUCAUAUGAAAUCUGAGAGUUUUUGUAGCAGACAUAAUUUCGUCAACUGAGUACUAAAUUAUUUGUGAAUGUUACCAUAAAGGAAGACAACAAAUGUGCGUUCUUGACAGCCUACCAAACAUGCACUUCGCUUUUACAAAUAUGAGUUGUAAAAUCAUCUAGUGAAGUUGUUUGUAUUUCUUGUUGAGCGUAGUGGUGAACAAAUAAAAUAUUCAUAAUAUGUAUUAGAAAGAUGAAACAAAUCACUAAUGAAAGUAUAUAUUUAUACCAUC